UAAUCUAUAGGGCGUCAUUCACGCGGUAAUGGCUGGACAGGUGUAACUUACAAAACGUCACAUUGAUACACACAGUGAGUUAUAAAAAUUGUAUUCUACAGCUGUAUAUCGCAUGAUGAUGGCAUUAUCUGAAUCCCAAAUACCACCUGACGCCCAGCAUUAUUUGGUGUGUGGCACUGAAGACUGUGAGAAGAACUGCCAAUUUUACUGCAAUGUCUGUCACCAACCAAUGUGUGAACAAUGCAGAGAUGAACAUCAGAAGAAUAAGAAAACCAAGAACCAUGAAGUGGUCCAUUAUAAACAACGCAAACGACAGCUUCCUCUGGAGAAAUGCAAAAUCCAUCCCACAAGAAACAUAGAACUUCUCUGUGAGGAUUGCCAAAUUCCCAUUUGUUCUAAAUGCACGGGUACAAAAGAACAUCGCGGCCAUGCGUUUACUGACCUAGAAAAUGUCUUUGCUGAAAAAUGUUCACACUGUCACAUAGAAAUUACCAAAAUUCGAAGCUAUUUUGAGCCUACUUCUCAAGAUCUGAAAAAGAAAAUUGCUAGAGAUGUCACAGAAAUAAAGAAGAUCAUGGAGGGUGUAAGAACAUCCAUGAAGACUGAAGCCGAGUCUGUGAAAAAGCUGGUAGAAACAAUUACAUCAGAUAAAAUAGAACAAGUCAACAAAAUAGAACAGUCAUUAUUAGAAACAUUAAACGGUCAAAAUCAAAAAAUAGAUGAUUACAUCAACUAUCUCAAUGAUUUAAUCCAGACGUUUUAUGGUUACCUAUCUCCCUCAAACACAGAACAAUUAACAUUUGCCCUCAAAUCAGAAAACUUGGUCAUUAGACCCAUACCAGAGACAUCCAAACCAGUCCCACCCAUAUUUACUGCUGGUCAAUAUAGCAAAGACGAUGUCGCAAAACUACUGGGUAGAAUAACUUUCCCCAACACUAAACCAGAGAACAGGGAAAUAAAGUCCAUGGAGACUGCCUUUACACAGUUGAAACCUACAGGGAAACAGAGGAAACAAGACAGAGAGAAAUCUGACGUGAAACAAACACUGUCUCUGUCUUCCUCUGUCACUAAGGUCAGGGAGUACACAGUACCAGGUGUUAAUGAAGUAUAUCAUAUAUCACUGGGUAAAUCAGGCAGACUCUGGGUCAGUGAUUGGAGAGGUAACCUUGUCCAAACAGAUCUACAGGGGAAUCAGCUACAGAAGAUACAAACCAGUGGUCAAGAUGAAGGCUUCCACACAGUCACACAGGACGGGGGUCUGAUCUAUACAGACAGAGAAAACAAAGUCGUCAAUAGGAUAACACUGGAUAAUACAAUCACUGAAUUCAUAAAAACAGGAGACUGGGAACCACUCAGUAUACACUCCUCCCAUAACAACGGGGACCUACUGGUGGAGAUGCAGACAGAUGAAGAGGCUAAAGUCACCAGGUACAACAAGACAGGGACAGAAAUACAGAACAUACAGAGAGACAACAAAGGACAGACACUAUAUGGUACACCACACUACAUCACAGAAAACAUCAAUGGUGAUGUCUGUGUAUCAGACUAUAACAAACAUGCUGUAGUGGUGGUUGAUAAAUCAGGACAACACAGGUUCUCCUACACAGGUCAGGGGUCAGUGUUGUAUCCCUAUGGAAUAUGUACUGAUGUACUCGGUCACAUCCUGGUGUGUGAUACCGCUAUAUCUAUUUUUAGUAACACAGUUCAUCUUCUGGAUCAGGAUGGUCAGUUAUUGUCUCUCCUACUUACAGAUCAACAAGGGGUUGAGUGUCCCAUUAGUGUGUGUGUGGAUAAUGAGAACAAUCUCUCGGUGGGACAAAAUAACACCAACACAGUGAAAGUGUACAAGUAUCUACAGUGAUCAUUAUAUCUCCAUACAAUAAUUAUGUACUGUGUGUAAUGUGUAUGUUGUGAGAUAAUGUAACAAAAACACUGUGAUAGUGUACAAGUACCGGUAUCUACAGUGUAUUUACAUCAUUUAUGUCGACCCUCUGUAUGUUUGUUUGUAACAUUUCUUAUUAGAUUAAUUUCAUUACUGAAGAGUUGACUAUUAAAUAUACAUAUAUUAACAAUAUUUGUUUUAAAAGUUAUUAGAAACUGCUAGCUUGAAUCUUGUCAAUAGCUAUCCAAAAGACA